AUGGAGGAACUGCCCACCGAGAUCAACAUCAUCACCCUCAACUGCUGGGGCCUCAAGUACCUCUCCAAGCUCCGACAUGAGCGCCUGAUCGAGAUCGGGCGGCAGCUGGCUUCUGCACAGCCAGUGCCGCACGUCGUCGCCCUGCAAGAGUGUUGGACGCAGGAGGACUACCAGGCCAUCCGGCGCCAGACUCGCCUCAUCUUGCCAUAUGGCAAGUUCUACUUCAGCGGCGCCUUUGGCGGCGGCCUGGCCAUCCUCUCCCGCUGGCCCAUUGAGGAGAGCACCAUGUUCCGCUACCCGCUCAACGGCCGGCCCACGGCCUUCUUCCGCGGCGACUGGUUCGUCGGCAAGGGCGUGGCUUGCGCAAAGAUCAGGUUCGGUCCCGGGCCAAAGCAUGUCAUUGAGGUGUUCAACACGCACACUCAUGCCCCCUACGAGAAGGAGCCCAACGACAGCUACGUCGUGCACCGGACCGCACAGGCCUGGGAGAUGGCCAAGCUCAUCCGCGGCGCCGCCGAGCGCGGGCACCUGGUGCUGGCGGCAGGCGACUUCAACAUGAAGCCCCUGUCGCUCGCGCACCGCCUCGUCACGACGCACGCGCCCGUCCGCGACGUCUGGCGCGUGCUGCACCCGGACUCGAGCGUCGGCGCCGCCGAGGACCGGCCCGAGCAGGCGCGCCGGCGGCCCAUCCCCACGGCCGACUUCAACGUCCGCGAGAACGGCGUCACCUCCGACUCGGUGUACAACACGUGGCGCUGGACCAAGAAGCAGCAGAGGCUGCUCGGCCCGGGGCGCCCGCCGUGCACCGUGCCCCCCGACAGCAUCGACCGCCGCGGCAAGCGCCUCGACUACGUCUUCGCCGGGACGGGCGACGUGGCCGCGCUGGGCGGCGGCUGGGUGGUGGCCGAUGCGCGCGUGGGCAUGACGGACCGCCACCCGACGCUGCAGUGUAGCCUCAGCGACCACUUCUCCGUCGAGGCGACGCUGGUCUUCCACCAGAUGCAUCAGCGGCGGCCGCGGCGCGGCACCGUCGGUGGCGGCAGGGGAGCCGAGGACGAAGAGGACGCCGCCGUGCGCGAUGGGACAUAUCUCGUCUCUCCUACUGCGUCCACAUUCCGCGGGUCAAGGACCUUCGAUGAGCAGCUAGCAGCCGCCCAGUCGAGGGAAGAUGACUUCCUUCCCGGAUCAACAUACGACGAGAUCCUGGCCAUGAUUCACAAGUACGUCGCCCGCGAGAAGAAACAACGCAAGUGGCGCGGGCUGCACUUCUUCGCAUGGGUUGGCAUCACGAUUGCAUGCUACGUGGGCGUGUGGUUCAGCCCGAGAAACUUCGUGGCCUUCAUACUGAUGGUGCUGUGUAGUCUCGGACUGACAGCGGGGACGGUAGAUGGGCUGAUCUCGUUGCUCUUCGUCAAUUCUGAGCUGAGAGCAUUGAAGGAGUUCGAGUGGGAGAUAAUAAAUGCGAAAGCCACAGCUUCAGGCAGCCCUCCACUAGCGCAAGACGAGGAUGAAAAGGGCUGGUAG